ACCACCGCGCGCUCUAACGGACGUAUAUAUUGCGGUAUCCAACUUUUUCACACUUACACUGUUUCACCUUGUGGGCUAGUUUGGACGGCAUCUGGUGGAGAAUGUCGCAGUACUCGGGAAAGAUAGUGUUUUAUGAGGGGCGAUGCUUCACAGGCAGGAAGCUGGAGGUCUAUGGCGACUGUGACAACUUCCAGGACCGGGGCUUCAUGAACCGUGUCAACUCCAUCCGCGUGGAGAGUGGGGCCUGGAUCUGCUAUGAUCACCCCGACUUCCGGGGCCAGCAGUACAUGCUGGAGCGUGGCGAGUACCCCGAGUUCCAGCGCUGGAACGGCCACAACGACCACAUGGGAUCCUGCAGACCCAUCAGGAUGCACGGUGAACACUACAGAAUGGAAAUCUACGAGGGCCCUAACUUCAGCGGACAGUGCAUGGAGCUGUGCGACGACUGUCCCUUCCUGCAGAGCCGUGGCUACAGCAAGACCUGCAUCAACUCCAUCAGGGUCUAUGGCGACGGAGCCUGGGUACUGUACGAAGAGCCCAACUUCCGCGGACGCAUGUACGUCGUGGAGCGCGGAAACUACUGCUGUCACACCGAAUGGCAAGGACACAGCGCCAACAUGCAGAACGCCAAUAUUCAGUCCAUCCGCAGGGUGGUCAACUACUUCUAA